AAUGCUUUGCAAUCAUGCACAAAUGCACAAUGUAUUAAUGGUAGCAAUAGCAUUGUCCUCUUUUGUCUGAGGACACGUCAUGUUAUUGAGAUGCUUCUUUCCUCUUUCAUCAUCUAUUCACUAUUCAAUUGUCCCCUUCUUCCAUUUCGACCAAAAACCAAUUCCAUCAUCGUUAAUCAUCUCUGCAUAACUAACACACACUCUUCUUCUUCUUCCUCCUCCUCCUCUUUCUCUGGAAUCAAUCACAAGUAAGAGUGUAUUUUUAUUUUGAAUUAAUUAAAUUAAUGACGACAAGCACACAAGCCUAUGGUGAACCCUGGUAUUGGGACAACCGAUACUCCAACGAACCUGGACCCUUCGAUUGGUACCAAAAAUACCUAACUUUGGCCCCAAUCAUCAACCUCUAUGUCCCUCGCCACCACUCCACCCUCGUUGUUGGUUGCGGCAACUCAGCUUUCAGUGAAGGCAUGGUUGAUGAUGGUUACAGUGAUGUUGUUAACGUUGAUAUAUCUUCUGUGGUGAUUGAAGCUAUGCAGAACAAAUACAAGGAUCGUCCACACUUGAAAUAUAUGAAAAUGGAUGUGAGAGACAUGAGUGCUUUUGAAUCAGAGUCUUUUGGUGCAGUUAUUGACAAAGUGUGGGAAUAAUUCAAGACAAAAUGCUACCAAGAUGCUUGGGGAAGUGUGGAGGGUCCUCAAGGAAAAAGGAGUUUAUGUUCUGGUAACAUAUGGCGCUCCACUAUAUCGCCUACGUUUGUUAAGGGAAUCAUGCUCAUGGACAAUAAAACUCCAUGUAAUAGAACCAAUAUGGGAGCUAACCAAACCUGUUCCACUCAAUAAUGAUGGAAGCUCUGUGGAGGAGGCGCUGGGACGGAAUCUCGAUGUCCAUUAUAUUUAUAUUUGCAUUAAGGAAAAAUCUGUAAACUCGAGCACCUAAGCAUGAAUGGGCAGUUUAGUGAGGAAGGCAUUAUCAUCACUCGACAAACUUGUUUUAGGACUCUUUUAAUGUAGUUGAUACCAUAAUUUGUAAUGUUAGAUAACAUGCUUUUCUUUGCAACAAUAUAUUACCAUGAUUUUCUUCAUGUCUGCUGAAACUGUGAUACCAAAGGAGCAGCAUAAUUUCUAAAUAUUAGUUUGAUUGAUUUCAUGAAUUGUCCAUUAAUUGAACUAUACAUCAUGGAGUCUUCAGGACUUUUUUUUUUGUUUAUUUAAAGAAAAGAAUAACUAGCAUUUGACAUUGUUGUGAUGCUGCUGUC